AUGUCUUCCAAGUCUUCACAUAGAGAUGAACGACGUAAAAAAGAACAGAGACGGAAAAAAGAAAAAUCCUCUUCUCGUACUCAUUCACACCAAAAUAAUAAAAAAGGAAGAGGUCUCGCGUCAGACCUAAACAACAUUGAAGACGAAUACUCGGUCGAAAAAGAAGAAUGGUUUAAUCUUCUCUUUGAAGAAAUGGCGUACGACGAAGGCGAUCAAUUCUGGUCCGGACAUUUUUUUGAACAAUGGGAAACGGGUGAAUCAUACAUCAAUGAUCAUGAUGGGCUUCAUCAAAUGACAGAAGAUGAAUAUGCUGCGUAUAUGCGCCAGGGAAUGUACGAGAGACAAAACGCGCAAGAGAUAAAAGAGGAGCGAGACCGUCAGGAAGCGAGACAACGAAAAGAGAAAAAGAGAGAAAGGGAAAGAGCUCGAAUAUUAGCUGGAGAGGAAGAACGAGAGCUUAAACGUCGUGAAAAAGUGGAACGCAGAUACCGGGAAAAGAUAAAAAAGAAACGAGAAUUGUAUUUUAGCAUGUGGAAAAGCUUUGAUGUUGAUGCAUAUUCCACUAUUAAAGAAGAAAUAAUUGGAUUUUUAUUUGAUAAUGAUGACGCAAAUAUCAAUGAACUGGAUCGCCGUCGAAUACUCCGUCAAGAACAAAUCAAGUUUCACCCUGAUCGCUGGCACCGAUGGAUCGCCAAAAUGCAACCUGAACAGGAGAAAAAUAAGAUCUUGGAUAGAGUUAAUAGAAUAUCGCAGAUACUUAAUGCUUUAUGGGAUGAAGUGGCAGAAAAGGAAAAAAGUUGA